GAAAUCGGGAGGUGCGAGCCCUCAACGAGCAGCAGAUGGAGCGUGCGGCGAUCGACAAUCGGAACACUUUGACUCGGGAUGGUCAGUGAACGCGCCCUCUCGUUGAGCGCAGGAGAUCCCCCCUCCUCCCCCCCCCCCUCCCCCCAAAAAAAAAAAAAAAAAAGUCUAGCAGACAAAUUGGAUCCGAGGAGUCCGGUCUCCUGGCGAGGUGCGCGCAAACCAGAGGAUGCCAGCCAGGCGUGGCCAAUGUGAGGAGAAUGCGUGGGGACUGGGGAGGAUGUAUAUAAUCGGGUCUUUUCCUUCUCAUUAGCGCACAUAUCAAAAACGGAUGAGCAGAGGACUGCGUUGGGUCUGCAUGGCUCGGACAUUUUCACCACUUUUUCCUCGUCGCAUCAUUUUAAAUGCCUUCGCUUAGUUUAAACGUGACGGCCGUGCACACCAUGGCCGAGGUGGGGACAUUGUUCGGAACGCUCGACUUGGAUUUACAAAGUUUGCCCGCCUUUGGGAACGCGCCCCUGCAGCCGGAGGCUCCCCUGGGCUUGAGCGAGCGCCUGGGCCAGAUCGAAGGGGGACUGCAGCGGGGGUCGCCCAACGACUUCGGCCACCUCAAAGGCAUCCUGAGGCGGCGGCAGCUGUACUGCAGGACCGGCUUCCAGCUGGAGAUAUUCCCCAAUGGGACGGUGCACGGAACCAGGCAGGACCACAGCAGGUUUGGCAUCCUGGAGUUCAUCAGUCUGGCAGUCGGCCUGGUCAGCAUCAGGGGCGUGGACGCUGGACUCUACCUCGGCAUGAACGAGAAAGGAGAGCUCUAUGGGUCGAGGAAGCUGACAGCAGAGUGUGUGUUCAGGGAGCAUUUCGAGGAGAACUGGUACAACACCUACGCGUCCACCCUGUACAAGCACAACGACACGGCACGCUACUACUACGUGGCCUUGAACAAAGACGGCUCGCCCAGGGAGGGCAGCAGGACUAAAAAGCAACAAAAACUCACACACUUCUUACCGCGACCCGUGGAGAUUGAAAAGAUCCCCCAGGCUUACCGGGACCUCUUCCAGUACAGGUGACCACAGCUUGGACAACUGGUCCCACUUAACAAGAAGAGGCAGCCACAGGGGGUUGUUUGCGACAAAACUGUUUACCCUCCGCUGAGCUCAGCGCCUCGGCACGCUACCAAGAACACUGAUACAAACAUCUUUUGCGUGUUCUUGGAUGAUGCUUAUGUACGUUUACAGCGAACCAGAACGUUGCGGACGUGGACAGAGAGGACGCUCUGACCGGGCGCCGCCUUUCCCUAGUAAAACCACUUUUCUUCGAGAUCAUUUAGCACUAAGCUGGCGCAGAACCAACAGCCGGUUACACGUGAUGGGAAGCACUCCAGCUAAUGGAAGAGGAGGCAUGUUUCCACAUGGACUCAGAGGAGGGACAGGAAGAAGGCUCAAGUAUACAGUACACACAUUGGGCAACGUUCCCGUGUUCCAAGUGGUCAGGUACUGAAGUCAAAGAAGAAUAUCUCGGGCUAGAGAGAGAACAUGACCGAUGCGGUCUUGAUCCCAGAGCACUUACUGAACACCCCAGCUGGAGGCUAGCGUGGAAACUCUUUUGAGCAUUCAUUUGACAGUGCCAGUAGCAUGCAUUUGUCAACUAGUACACUGUUUUGUAUAGUUUUCCUUCUCUCGUGCCAGCGUUCUACUAGUAUAUCUUGAGAUUCACAUGCGAGUGAGCUCUUUGUCCUCAAUAAUCAGAUUGUUCAACCCUAACGCUAACCUGCACUACUUUAACAAUUAUGGCACACUAGUAGAAUAAACUAGUAAAAAAUUUUCACACUAAGCAUCCAACAAAAGGAAGGACAACUUUUACCAAAUUAACGACAUGUUACUAGUGAAACAUUAGAUGUUAACUAAAAUUUUAUAUAAGUACUCGUGUCAUGCAGUUGGGCGGGACGGUGGCUCAGCUGGAAAGCGUUGGCCUCACAGUUCUGAGGUCCCGGGUUCAAUCCCGGACUAGCCUGUGUGGAGUUUGCAUGUUCUUCCCCGUGCCUGGGUGGGUUUCCUCCGGGCACUCUGGUUUUCUCCCACACCCCAAAAACAGACAACAAUAACACUCUAAAUUGCCCCUAGGUGUGAUUGUGAGUGCGCUGUUUGCCUCUAUGUGCCCUGCGAUUGGCUAGGAUAAGCGCCGAAGAAAUUGGAUAGAUGGAUGGAGUUUUGCCUUAAUGGGAAGAUGUUUUCCCUAUUAGUCUGCUCAAAAUGCGCUACUAGCUUUACUAUUCAGGUUAAGGUCCGUGUAUUCUUUGUCCUCGUAAGACAGGGCAGCACACUAACAUGACUUGUAACUUCCAGUCAUUCUACUUGUGUCCUAAGGACAAGAAGCUUGUGAGUACAUAUCAAACAAAUGCUCAAAAGGCUUUCCAUAAGAUUUUAAUUAGAUGGUACACGUAGCGCUGCGUUGCAAGCGAACGCAACGCAGAGUGAUCAACGCGGGAAAGAAGCACUUCUCCAACUGUGGUAGAAAAGAACCAGCGACAGACGUGUGACGUUCAAAAAUUGUCGGGAACGUUACUCAAAAGCCAAGCAGCUGAGGGGUGCGUGCGGGCCAUCCUAUUUAUGAGAUGUACAAUAUAUUUAUUUUCUGCAUAUAAAGUAUAAAUGUAAAUCUAUAUAUUUAUUUAUUGCAAAGACUUUAUUUUGUAAGGAGCUGAAAAUUAUCUGGACCGUAGAUUCUACUGAAAUUACAACAAUAAACCAUGUUUAGAGAACCAAAAAAAAAAAAAAAUUAAAAAGUCAUAAUGCUAAUGAAGAUUUGCAGUUAAUAUGACAAUAAAAUUGUCCCGCUAUGUGACACUUUC